CUUGUCUAAAAUUUUAUUGGGUUUGUUUCUUACACAUCUGUAUAAUAUUGCCACUGGAACAGCUUCCUCAAAUCCAGCUCUGAGUGAGCAGACCCUCUGGACUCCUGUUUACCUUUGUAGGAAUAGAGCACUGUUUUUCUAAUCAACCUGUUCAGAGAUGUAAUUACACACCUCUGGAGCAGGUGGUACUUGAACUUGGGUUGCUUGGUCCAAGGGUAGGGACACUACCACUGUGCCACAGAAGGGCCCCUGUAAUAAUCAGUCAGCACAAAUGGCAGUGGUGGGAUUCAAACCCAUACCUCCCUUUGCGGCUGGAACCUAAAUCCAGCACCUUAGACCACUCAGCUACACAACCAGAUUCUGUCAGCCAGGACUCCUGUUUAUCUCUGUCAGCCAGGGCUCCCUGAUUCAACCAGGUUAACAAGCCCCAAUCUAUUCUCUGGUCCAUCUGGCUGACCUGGUUAGAAGCACGACAUGAAGAUUAUUGUGACGUGGGUCUUGAAGAUAAAAAGCCUUCGCUGUUCCACAUACCGUCACCACAUCAUCUCCGUCCUUUUUUUAAAAAAAACUCCUUUCUUAUCGUUGGCGCUAUGAGUUUCUCGGCUUCCGUUGCGGGCCGUUGCGCUGUCAACCAAGCCGCGUAAACAAUGGGAGCGCGCGCCGGGGAUGGGCGCGAGGCGGGCGGUUGGUGGUUUAAAGGGAUACAGUGCGAGGCCGAGCUCGAGCUAUGAGUCAGCCGGCGGCAGUGGGGGGCAGCGAGGCCGAGCUUGAACCUGAACCCCAGCCCAGCUCAGUGCACCCGGCCGUAGCCAAUGAAGAGCAAAAGUGGCCCGGCUCUGCAUCUGCCCCCGCCUCCGGGGCCAAAGAGAAGACGACCUCAACGGUCCCGCCGCUGCCGCCGCCGCCCCCGGGGUUGCCCCUGGCGGCUCGCAGAGCCUUAGCGUCGCUGAGCGAAGAGGCGUCAAAGCUGCGGCGCUUUCGGAGAUCGGAGGAGGGCAAACCGGGCCGUCACGGCCGGCAGAAGAAAACCAAGCGCGUCGUGACUGUAGACACCUCCAAAGCCAAGACUUCAUCCGAGGCGCUAAAGAUUUGUAUCCAGCAGCUGAAGUGGAAGGAGUUUCCAACAGGGCGUCGCCACCUUUGUGAUAUCUAUUGGCACGGAUCGUCUUUUCAUGAUGGUGAAGUUAGCAGCUCAGGUCAAGUCAACAAAUAUCCAGGCAUGACAGAACUAGUGCGUAAGAUCAAUUUUAGUCGGGCUGUUCGCACAAUGCAGGAAUUAUUUCCUGAAGAAUACAAGUUUUAUCCUCGUUCCUGGAUUUUGCCAGAGGAAUAUCAAACUUUUGCAGAUCAGGUACGUGUGUCAAAAGAAAAUGAUUCAUCUUGGAAACCUACUUUUAUUGUAAAGCCAGAUGGAGGAUCCCAAGGUGAUGGAAUCUACCUCAUUAAAGAUUCUAAUGAUGUCCGAAUGUUGGCCAACCUCCAUAGCAAGCCAGCAGUGGUCCAGGAAUAUAUCAGCAAGCCAUUACUGAUCGAUAAAUUGAAAUUUGACAUUCGAUUGUAUGUCUUGCUCAAAUCAUUAGACCCACUGGAGAUCUACAUAGCCAAAGAUGGUCUGUCUAGAUUCUGUACAGAACCAUAUCAAGAGCCUAACAGUAAAAAUUUUCAUCGAGUAUUUAUGCACUUAACAAACUACUCUCUGAAUGUCCAUAGUGGAAAUUUCAUUCAUUCUGACAGUGUAAACACUGGAAGCAAAAGGACAUUUUCAAGUAUUGUAACCAAGCUUUCUAUGCGAGGCUAUGAUGUGAAGAAAAUGUGGUCGGAUAUUAUCACUUUAGUAAUUAGGGCUAUUAUUGCAUUGGUUCCUGAAUUAAAAGUUUAUCAUCAAACAUAUAUUCCUCCAGGAAAACCUGGACCGACAUGCUUUCAGAUUUUAGGAUUUGAUAUACUUCUGAUGAAAAACAUGAAGCCUGUUUUAUUGGAGGUGAAUGCCAAUCCCAGCAUGAGAAUAGAACAUGAACAGGAGAUUUCUCCUGGACUCUUUGAAUAUGUUGCUAGUCCUGUGGAUGAAGAAAUAAAAGUUGCCAUCAUUAGAGAUACACUCUGUUUGGUUGAUCCAGCACUUAAAAAAAACAAUCGUCAUCAAUCAUGCCUCACUGACGGUGCAGCAGAUAGUGACAAAGAGGAGACAAUUGAAGCUGAACUACAUGACAUGAAUGGGACUCCCUCUAGCAAAGAGCAGAACUGGUCAUCCCUCUGCUUGAAACAAGUCUUUCCUAAAUAUUCUAGACAAUUCAGUUACCUGCUGAUUGUGGACCGUAUUGCUCUACUGUUUAUCAGAUUCCUGGGCAUUAAAGGAAGUAUGAAACUUGGUCCAACAGGAUUUCGGACUUUCAUCAGGACCUGUAAACUCAGCAACAGUAACCUGUCAAUGGCAUCUGUUGAUAUUUUAUACAUUGAUAUUGCGCGAAGAUGGAAUAUCAUUCGUGGGGACAGAGGAGAAUCUGGUAUGUGUUUUCAAGCAUUUAUGGAGGCCAUCUUUCACUUGGCACAGAGGAGAUAUAAAACUCCACCUCUGCGUGAGCAAGUUGAGGCACUGGUCAACUUUUGUGAGUAUCAGCUGGAAGUCCAGGAAGACAAACACAUUCUGUAUGGCCGUGGAACAACAGACCAAAGAUUGAGCUUAACUAUGUAUCAGCCUGAAGGGUCUCGCUCGGGUGCUACCAAUCACAUGCACUUAUUAAACCGUAUGAGCAUGUCUAAUAGAUUGCCGGCAUCAUCAUUACCUACAUCUGCGGAUCAACAGCUUGUAAAUUCAAUGAGUUCACGAGUAACUGAUUGCUCGCCCACAGCUUCCUUCAGUCCCAAUGGAUGGGACAAUCUGGGCUGCAGGUUUUGUCGUAAUGCCAACCAAUCCUGCUCUGUGAUUGGUUUAAGUGAUGUGCGUUCUCAACGGCUCAAGCUGACACAAAUUUUGCGUCCAUCUGUAACGUCAUACUUUAUGUAGCAGCCCAGCUUUCGAAUGGCGGUUCCCCUCAACCUAAAUCUCCAGGACUCACUCCUGCACACUCACUGGGAAGUUAGCUCUUCAUUCCUAGGACAGUAGUAAAGGAUAAAUAAUUUCAAGCCAAUUCUGCUGAAGUAGAGUUAUUAUACCUGCAUUUCAUAUUGAUUAUAACCCUGUAUUUCAUACUUAGAAUCAUGUGUGGUUUAUUUAAAUAAAAAUUAAAGCAAGCACUUUUCAGGUCCCUUGGAACUCCAGAUUCAAAACAAUUUGCAUUUAAUGUGAAAAACCAGCCACCACCUGGCUCCUAGCCCUAAUCCAUUUAUAUCAUUUUAUUAAACGAAUUUCAUAGUGGAUGUUUUCCCUUAUUUUUGAGUUGCUGAUUGUUCUAUAAUUAUUAUUGACAUGUUGUUAUCAUGUUCCUGAAUCUUCUGUCAAUUACAUCAUAUGGCAGAUGUUCUGUGUUUUCUAAGUUCACUUUUUUUUAAAUCAGCAUCACAGGAUCACCACACUGGCACAAAAUGAGCUCCUCAUUUAUGUAAUCAGAUUUUCUGUGAAUUAACACUCAUUGGGCUAGAACUUACUGUUGGUCAUAAUAGUAGAUAAGUGCUGAAUGCAUCUCCAUAGCAUUUGUCCUUCCACUAUCAAAUGGAUUAACAGCUUUGCCAAAGUAGUGGAUGGAGGAAUGUAAUACAUGUAUUAAGCCUUCAUCUAUUAGAAGCAAUUAUUUAAACCUGUAUUUUUCCUUUAUUUCUCUUGUUUAUAGUACAGUUUUUAUGGUAUUGUGAUAUUCAGCUGUAUUCAGUCAUGCAUCCAGCAAUUCAGCAUAAAUCAGGAAAUGUGCAUUGUGUAUUGCAUUGUUAAGAAUGCACAUUCCUACAAUAAAAUUAUUUUAUUGCAAGGUUUUUUAAAAAAAAAACUUUAGAAUUAAAGUUAUGAACAAACUCUAGCAGCUUCUAUGCCACUCACUUCAAAUUUCAUCAGUAAAUGUAGCAGGGUAUCCGGUCAUUAAAAAUCACACUAACAAGCAAAGGAUGUUAAGCUCCAUCUUGUUUUCUUAUUGUCAGUACUAGUCCGAACCCUUGCUUACCCAGCAUUAGAACUGACAGAGAACAUGCUGCUCUUUAUUCACUUGCUGUGAAAAUAAAGCUCAAUAAUUCAUCCAUUGGAAAAGUGACAUUAACAAGCUUCAGUCAUCAUCAGGCAGAACUAUACAUUAGAAGUAGUGGUUGAGCCAAUGAUAAUACUUAAUAUGCCACUUGUUUAUUUGAAGAAUAAACAAUAAAUAAUAUGCAUUGGAGCAUCGUCUUCAUGUAAAUAAAAGUUACCUGAAAUUUGGUCUUUUUUCACAUCAGUCCCAUCUCUUAUGUUAAUGACAUUGACAUGUUGGUUGGUUAUAGUUCAAUAACACCAAAUUCUUUAUGAGUGACUCUGGUUAACUCAGUUUUAUAGUUCUCUGGUGCACUGCAUCUAUCUCCAUCUUUGACCAUCAAGAACAUCACAGCUGAACUAUACCUCAAACCAUAGGGAAAAUGUUCACCACAGUUAAACACAACUCUGUUCACAUUUUUAAUCACAACUAAAUAUGGAUAGCAAUCAGCAGCAAGAAACUCUAUCCAGCCAUCACCAUCACCACUCCCCCCCCCCGCCAUUUCCCUUCCUGACUCUCACCUGACCAGCUGAGAUCAUUUAACUCAGGACAUACCUGUGGUCUUCCCCAGUCUGUAGGACUCAAUUGUUCACAAUGUGGAUGUGCUGAGAUGUAAGAGUUUAAAUAACUUAAGCUAUCUUGAAAUAUGUAAUUGAGAUUCGUGGGUGGAAGGCAAGUAAUGAUUAUUGUUGGUACUGUCUAGCAAUUUUUAUGGUCCAGUCUAUUAAGAUAGAAAGCAAACACUGAUUCAUCCAUCAUAUGUCAAAAAUAGUUUAUAGCUUUUUUCUUCUCUCAUAAUACCAUGUGUACAAAGGUACUCAGCCUGAAAAUUAUUUUUCAAAUGAAAUGGGUUUGGAAUUGUAAUAAUUGACAAUAUGUGUUAUAAUCCUCAUACAGACAUAUGACUUCUGAUCAUUUUUAGUUGAUAACUGAAAGAUCUCACAUUUUGAUAUACUCUUACUGUAAUAAAUAGCUAAAAGCAUGACUAGCUAAACAUUUUUUAGGCAAAUGAUGCCUUAAAGUACAAACAAUUCAUACUUUCUAUUGAGUUAGUCUUUCCAAAAACAAUCCAGAGUUGCUGCCAGUUUCCUUCGGGUUUCCAUAUUCCCACUUUGCCAAGUACUAUCUGUUUUUGGAGAGUUCCUUAAUCAAACAUCAGUGGUAAAACUUGUUCCAAUGAUUGAUGUCCCCUGACCAUGCUCUGUUAUUGAUUGACAUGUAGGGAAACUUGUAAUCUCAAUAAUAGCUCCCUCUGCCCUUUUCCCUGUGGCAAUGUGCAACAUAAUAAUCGUGUAUCCAUGUUGAAUUGCUAAUUAGCAACUUUGGUCCCGAUUCAUUUUCAUCUCAGAUCUAAACAGUUUAUGGCACAAGUGUUACAACUCUGUAGCUUUUACAUCUUCCUGGUAUUUUGGGAGACCUAUAGUCUACUCAUUGUAAACAUUAUCUCCAAUAGUAAAUACGUUACACUACCAUCCUAGCAAAAACAGUUCUAAAUUUCCCCUUGAUCUCUAACAAUCGAAUCACUCAAGUUGUGAGGUAGAUUUCAGAACAGGUCAUUUGACAUCCUCCUUUAUUUACCCUAAAUUUAAAGCCACAAUCCCAAAAUAUAAUAAAUCUCAUAAUUGUAAAACCUGAAAUUAAAAAGUGACUCCUGUUUACUUUCAUCUUAUAACCUUGUGGAGGAAUUUUGUUUCUAUUGGAAACAUUAUAGAUUUCACUGGCCUCUUCAGAAUGAUAUUUUUCUGAGCCUGUAAUAGCCAUCUGCUCCAUUUACUAGAUAAAGAUUAAAACCUGUCAGUGAUAAAGUGAUGCUUUAACCUUUGUCACAUAGCAAGCGGGUUUUUGUUCUAAUGUUUCAUUCUCCUCUGCUUAUUAUAUAAAUUUGAUGAGUUAACUUGCUUUUAAGGAUGAUAGACCGUGAUGAUAUUUGUUAUUAGCAUAUUCAAUAUGUGUGGCUGUGAUACACGUGCAUCUAACUUGAGCACUUCCUUCUUGAAGCACAUUUAAUACAGAACCAGUUAACACCUUUCCAAUCUCUACAGUUAAUUGAAUGCUAGUUAGCUUUAAUUUCAACAGAAGAUUGCAAAUCCUUAUCCACCCUGUAGUAAUUUUGAGAAUGAGCAAUUGUGGAAGUGCUGUUAUCUCCAGAUAUUAUAUAAUGUGGUAGCACAUUCAUUGUUAUUUAAAAUGUAAUGGCACAAAUGCAGAAUAUUAUCAGGUUAAAUACUUUUCUCACCUUUGAAACCAUGCCCUUCCAAACAGCAGCAAUCUUAAUCAGAAUGCUGCUCAAACUUUUCUCUGAGUCGAUGUUUCUCAGCAUUUCUUGCUAGAUCUUCCAAACAUGUCUUCACCAGAAAUGCACAGCAGAGCACUCCUCAGAGAGUUCCAUUUUACUGUAAUAGAGUUUGGGGAGUGGGGGAUGACAAAACGAAGACCCUCUUUUUGAUGGUUUAGUUGCAGUAUGGAACUUUAAAUUGUCCCUUGUGCAUGUUAGUGAAUGGGUGAGUGAUGAAAGAAUGACUGGGUACGAUGGUGGGAUAGCAGUUGGGGGAGAUGUUAAGUGAGUAGGGUGGCAUUUUGGUGAGAUGAGAAAGUGGUGAGGGUCAGGAGACAGUCUGGUCAAGUCCAGAGAAGGAGCCAAGUCAGGGACUAGUCAGGUGGGGUGGUUGAGGAUAACCAUGUCUGCUCAGUGAGUCUAGUUAUGUGUCCAGGAGCGAAUGUAGUUGAAUAUUGUCAUGGAAAGUUGGUCAAGAGGUCAGGGUCAGUCAGAUCAGGUCAGGAGAAUAGCAGGGUGUUCGGUGGGUUUGUCAGAGUGUCAUAAGGAUUAGAUGCAUUUGGGGUGUUGGAGGGUGGUGAGGAGAUUGUCAGGUUUGGUCAAUAAGUUUGACAUGGGGUCAAAAAAGACAUCAGGGAGUCAGUAUGAGUAAGUAGGUCAAUUCUAUCAUUAGCUAGAAGUUCGACGAGGUUCUAUUCUAUUUUAACAUAUCCUAGGUAACUAUCCAAGUUAGUAUCAUGGAACUGUCCAAAGUGUCCAAUUCUAACUUAGAAAAUUCCUCUGCUCUGUGGAAUUCUCUAACUAUCAGAUAUCUAAAAUUCCUGUACAAAUCCUAUGGAGAUGAGCAUGUUGGUACUGUUGCAGAGUCCUGACAUGCAUCUUUAGUUAUACAUCCAGUCUCCCAACAUUCUGGAAUAGGUGCGCCAACUAUGAAAAUUAGUUCUGAAGAAGGGUCACUGGACCUGAAACAACUCUGACUUCUGUCCACAGGUACUUCCAAAGCUGCUGAGAUUUUCCAGCAAUGUCUGUUUUUUAUAUAUAUUAGUUGAUUUAUUGGCUAUCCUAUAUUAAAGUAAUUUAUUUUUGUAGUAAAAGUAAGUAUUUGCAUAAUAAUGUUGAAACUCUGGAUUUAUUCUAUAAAUGUUAGUUUAGGUAGGAUAUUUAACUUGACCUAAUAUAAUUUCCUUUGAGACUAGAGAGGGUUGUUUAUUAUCAAUAGUUUCUGUAGAAGAGUUAAGAAAUUGUUACAAGGACACUAAAAUAAGAAUACAUCAGAUUCAGUAAUAAAAAUUUUAUUUCUAUUUUAGUUCAGUCCAAACAGCUUAGGGAGAAGGGAAAUGUCAAUGUGUAAGGACAGUGUAAUAUAUUUGAUGUCGUCUUCAUAAUCCUUACCAAGGUCUUUGAUUGAAUCUUUCAUGACAGACUGGUCAAGAAAGUAAGAGCACAUGGGACCCAACGCAAAGUGGCAUGUUAGAUUUAAAUUGGGUGAGAGGCAGGAAGCAGAAGGUGAUGGGGGCUCAAAGCUGGCACCUUUGCUGUUUAUGAUGUAUGUUAACAAUUUCAAUUUAAAUGUAGUGGUAUUAUCAAGAAAUUCAAGGAUGACAUGAAAAUUGUUAGCAUGGAAAAAGUGAAGAGAAUAGCCAUAAACUGCAUGAGGAUAGGAAUGGACUGAUCAGGCGGGUAGAGCUCUAGCAAAUGGAAUUCAACCUUAAAAAGUGUGAGAUAAUGUACUUGUGGAAGACUAACAAGGUAAAGGAUUAUACUACGAAUGGUAGGAGCAUGGAAAGUCCAGAAGAUCAGAGGGACCUUGGCGUACAUAUCCACAGGUCCCUGAAGGUAACUGGGCUAGAUGCUAAGGUGGUUAUGAAGGCAUAUGGGAUAUUUGCCUUUAUUAGCUGAGGCGCGGAAUACAAGAUUAGAAAUUUUAUGCUGGAACUGUAUAAAAUGUGGUUUAAGCCAGAACUGGAGUACUGUGUGCGGUUCUGGUUCCUGCAUUACAGAAAGGAUGUGAUUGUACUAGAGAGGAAAUUCACUAGGGUGCUGGAAGGUUUGAGCAUGAGGAAAGAUGGAUUAGUGUUGUUUACCUUGGAGCAGCAAAUGUUGAGACAGAAACUGAUGGAUAAGAUGAGGAGGACAUGAAUAGGGUGGAACGGAAGGCACUUUUUCCAAUAGUCGUGUAGUCAAAAACUAGGGGUAUCGAUUUAAGGUAAGAGAUGCAAAGCUAAGGGCAGAGUUGAGAAGAAAUACUUCCACACAGAAAGUAGACGGAGUCUGGAACUCUGAAAUUGCCUGAAAGAGUGGUCGAAUCAGAAACUUGUAAUACUUAAGCAAUACAUAGAUGUUCACUUGUGUUGCCAUGGCCUGCAAGGCUAUGGGCUGAGUUGGAAAAUGGGAUUGGUAUAGUCAGAUCUUUGUUGACCAGUGCAAAUACACUGGCUGAAUGGCCUUAAUUUGUGCUAUUAAUGUCUAUGCAUCCAUGAAACAAGAGGAGAAACACUGGGAAGCAGCAUAGAAAUGCAGAACAAGAGGAAAGGGGCCUGGGAGGGAGGACAGCAUGAUUUUGGGGAAAUCACAUGAGAAGGCAACAUGAGAAUGGGAAACAGAAUUUAAAAAGAUGAUGAGAGGAGAAUAGCACAGGGAUCAGGUAUAUUGUAUGGAAGAUGACACUGGAAUGAAGACAAUGGCAUCAGAGGUGAGGUUAGCAAUGUAGAGAAGACCAACGGGAUAGUGAUGGCAGUAGGCAAGUGGGAGAAAUGAUGACAGCAUCUGAGGGAUGAGUUUGGCCAGCACUGGUAGGAGUGGCAGCAUGGAAGAAGAGGGAAGAUGAGUAACUUGGAAAGAAGAGGGGACAAUGGGUAGGGGGUGAACCUUAAAGAAUAGAAACAGAUGGCAUGGAAAAAAGGGAGGCUGAGAAGAAGGAGGAUAUGGAAAAGGAUAUGUAUGUCCUGAAGUCAUGGAAUGAGAAGAGGAGGAGGCAUGAAACAAAUUGGAUAGGAAAUAUAAACUAUUAUUCAGAUAGGAAGUAAGUACUUUUACAAUCAAGAUACUAAAUUCGCCACAAAUGUUUUAUGGGUCUUUGCUAGCUACUGCAUAUUAUUCGCUGUAUCUUAUUCUGUUGCUAAGGUAUAACUGUGCUGCUUUAAACUUGUAAGAUUUUAGUUGCAUAAAUUGAUUUUGAAAUCAAUGACAUUCAAAUUCCUAGGUCAAUGAGAAAGUAAUUAAUUCCUUACCUUAACAGUAACAAUUACUUUUCUAUCUCAACCUUUUACCCAGAUUUAAAAUACCCACUUUAAAAUGUUUGAUGGUUUCUAAUGUAAAAACUAACCUCUAGCUCAUGAUCUGCUCAGAAUUUCCAGUAUUUUCUGUUUUUGUUUAAUCUUUUCACAUCCACACUAUUUUAGUCCUUGGUGUCAAUUUUUGUAGUUUACCAUUAAAAAGCAAUGAAAUUCUCAAAAUGGAACAGCAACAUUGGAUUGAAUCUUACAGUUCAGACUUUGUCAAAAGAAUGUAUCAGGUUUUUCAGAGGGUUUGUUGCCACAAGGCCUCCCAUGUUUUUUUCAUUGUAUCUUACCAAAUUAACCUCAUAACUACCUAUCCGCUCCUUGAUGUUGUUUUUGUCUGAUUCUAAUCCCAUUUUAUUACAUGCAAUUCCAAAAUAAAUCACCACUCAAUGGAUAUCCUAGAAUUUACCGGCAAUCUUUACGCCCGCAUCUUUAAAAGGACUUUGUGUACCUGGACAAGCACUGUCAAUCCAGAGCUGCCCUACAUGAUUAUCCCAGAUUCUCCUAACAUUAUCUCAGAUGUGGCAGACAGUGACAUUGUUGCUCCACAGACGAGACCUAGAGGUUUUGUUGAACGCAGUGGUGCAGAAGUAGAACUCUCCCAGCAACAGCAAUAAAGGCCAUGACACCACACCAUGCCAGUCUGGUCUGAGGUUGCCACAAGUUUAAAACAAUCUCAGCCAUCUGGAGAAAUGCCCAGAAAUGUAGGAAGAAGGACAAUUACCCUCUCUACUCUGCCAGCAUAAGUGUCAUCAUCUUGUAUUCACUUCCCACUGAGGCUCAUGUUCUGCCACUCACUAUUCCCUGAAACGUCUUCCUUUACUUGCUCUCACCUACCCAACCCCUGAGAUCACAAAACUCUGCAAUCCUUAACAACUGUCUCCAUUUGCAUCUGUUAUUGCUGUGCCAAAUACUUUCAUCUUCCAUAAAACUGACCUCUCAUUCCAGAAAGAGAACACUUCAAUGGGACGUAAAGAGUCGGGAAGGAUGGUGGGCUGCCUGAUAUUCAGCUCCUUGCCCCUUAAAGUGAAGAAGAUCCUGAAUCUGCUUGUCCAAGUGGCUGAGUGAUCAUGUCCAAGUCUUUGGACUGGUAUUGGAGGCUGCCCUUGACCUGCUGUACAGGAAACCCUGAGUGAAGGCUUGAAUUGACUGAGGCCUGCUACAACUAUGACAAGCUUCCUGCAUUUGUGCCUAUGCUGAACAAUGAGGCAAGGUAAUGUAAUAAAAGUCUGGUAUCUCUGGAGCCAAAGAAGGCAAUGCAAGCUACAGAUGCUGUCAGUAUCCAGGGAAACAUUGAGUGAGUGAGCACUAUGAUAGCGAGUGAAGAAUCUCAGGAUGCAGCCUGGUCCUCUCCAUGAACUGAGUGUCUCCUCCUGAGCACGCAGUGCCUUUUGCAGCAGCAUUAGAGUGGUAGUUGUUGGUGCAACCCUGAGGUGCAGCAUUAAAAUGCAGAAGUAGCCUUGCAAGUGGGUUGGAGAUAUACCAUAAGGGUUCUUCAAAACUGGCACUAUCAGAUGCCAAUGUUUGUGGACUUGGGGUGUGAGUGGCCAGCGCUUGCCCUGAGAUGUUGGUGCCCGUUCACCAACGUGAAGGUCCUCUAAACAAGCAGGGAGCUGAAUUCACCAAGUUCUCACUUUGACUUCCAUGUCAAGCUCUCUCUUCUAAAUUGUUUGACAUAUUUGAUAAGAUAUAAGGUUAAAUAUCAAUGAUGAGUUGUUUGUUACAAGCAAUAAUUCCCCCUUAACUGGCAACUCGCCACUGCCUAAUGAAAAACUGCACUUGCUGCUUGUCAAAAGCAUAAAUGAUGGCACAAGAUACUCCUGACAUUGAGAUCAGCUUUACUGUGCAUCUUGACCAAUUAUGGCACAAAUCUCGCCAUAGCCCAUAAUGCUCAGACCCAUGUAAGUUUCCACCCCAUUCUCUUAGAUACUGUAAUUAGCAUCAUUUAAUUAAGGGGCCAACCACUGAAUUCUUUCCUUUGUUCUGGUGGUUGUGAUAAUAGCCGCUAAUAGUGUCGAGAGUGUAAUGCUGGAAAAGCACAGCAGGGUCAGGCAGCAUCCGAG